AUGAUGACCAUGACUACGAUGGCUGACGGCUUGGAAGGCCAGGACUCGUCCAAAUCCGCCUUCAUGGAGUUCGGGCACUUCGGGCACUGGAAAGCCAGGCAAUGGAGCCCCGCUCAGCCCAGGGAGCUGAUGUCUCAUCAUCGCACCGCGCGCCCCAGAAAGUACGGGGCGCCGCCCGGUGCUGCGGCCGAGGACGUCUGUUUCACCCGGAGCUUCCUUGGUCCAGCCGCCGCGCAUUAUCAACAAAAAACCACAGUGAUCGAAAACGGGGAAAUCAGGUUCAACGGAAAAGGGAAAAAGAUCCGGAAGCCUCGGACCAUUUAUUCUAGCCUGCAGCUCCAGGCUUUAAACCAUCGCUUUCAGCAGACUCAAUACCUGGCCCUUCCUGAGAGAGCCGAGUUGGCAGCUUCCUUAGGACUGACACAAACACAGGUGAAGAUAUGGUUUCAGAACAAGCGCUCUAAGUUUAAGAAACUGCUGAAGCAAGGCAGUAACCCUCACGAGAGCGACCCCCUCCCGGGCUCGGCAGCCCUGUCACCGCGCUCGCCAGCACUGCCUCCAGUGUGGGACGUUUCAGCCUCGGCCAAGGGUGUCAGUAUGCCCCCCAACAGCUACAUGCCAGGCUAUUCGCACUGGUACUCCUCACCACACCAGGACACGAUGCAGAGGCCACAGAUGAUGUGA